AUGCAUCAACUGCUUCUUCUGAUGACUGGAACCUUUGACCACGCAGUCUGUUUUUAAUUUUCGGGACAGUGAAGAAAUCGUUAUUACUUAGAUCGGGACUAUAUGGAGGAUGGUUCAAGAAUUCCACGUUUUCUUCCAUUAAAUACUGCCUUGUUUUUUGGGCUGUGUGCGAGCUUGCAUUGUCUUGGUGGGGAUGAUUCUUCCUUCGGGGUUGAUUUUUCGAAGCUCGGUGAUGACCUUUGGCAAACAAAUGGUGGUAUACCAAUCCGCAGUAACAGUCCUUUGCUCAUUAAGAGGAAUUGGUGCAAUAUGACCCGCUUUUGACACAAAUCUGCUUUCUGCUCUUCAGUCAACAGGUGGGGUAUCCAACGAGACACUAAUUU